AUGAGUUUCGGGUUCAGCAUUGGAGACUUCCUCGCAGCUAUCAAGCUUGCUAAUCAACUGCGGAAAGACUUCGCGGGCGCUCCGGACCAAUUCCAACACAUUUCCUCUGAACUUCGGAGUCUAUCAUUCACCCUUCAAGAUGUCGAUAUAUUUCUCUAUGAACGUGAUAUCACAGAGCUCCAGCAGAACAAGCUGCGCGAAAUAUCUACUAGCUGUUGCAGCCUUAUGCAGGAUAUUCAGCGCACUCUAGCGAAAUAUUCUACUUUGAAGUCAGCAGAAGUAGGCGUGAGGAAGAUAGUGAAGAGAGCGUGGCAGAGAGUGCAGUGGGAACCCGAUGACAUUCACGAGCUUCGCACUCGAAUCACCUCCAAUAUCGUCCUACUGAACUCCUUGCUUUCAAGCUACACAAGAGACGUUGUGGCAAAACUAGCAGAGCGACAAACACGCCAGGAACACCAGGAGUUACUUGAUUGGCUAACGCUGACCGACUUCACCACUCAGCAGGCUGACCUGAUCCGUCAACGCCACCCCGAGACUCUACAGUGGCUCUUGACGUCGGCGGAGUACGUGAACUGGAUCACAACUCACGGAGAUGCCUUGUUCUGCCACGGCAUCCCGGGUACAGGAAAGACAAUGUUAUCCUCCAUCGUCGUCGAUAACCUGAAAGAGAGGUUUAAGAGUGACAAAGCCGUGGGAAUAUGCUAUUUCUACUGCAACUACCGACGUCAUGACGAACAGCAGCUUGAUAACUUCAUCUUGAGCUUUCUGAGGCAGCUAGCUCAGUGCCAGUCCACAAUAUCCGAAGAGCUGCAGGAACUACGUAGUCAGCACCAGUCGGACCGAACGAGACCAACUUUGAAGAAAUUGACAGGCGUCCUGCAAAAGGUGGUUGAAACAUUUUCAAGGGUUUUCAUCGUUGUCGAUGCGAUGGACGAAUGCCAGACGUCCGACGAUUGUCGCAACCUCCUAAUAUCUGAACUCCGGAGACUGCAAGCUUCUGUCAAGGUCAAUCUUCUCGUCACUUCUCGUCCUGUUCCCCACAUUGUGACUGGGUUUCGCGACUGCACGUCGAUAGAGGUUCGUGCCAGCGAAGAGGAUAUUGGUAGGUAUACCAACAGCUACUUGCAACGCUUGCCUGGAUUCGUGAUGCGUAACCCGGAUUUGCAAAAAGAAAUAAAGAGCAAGAUCGUCGAAACAGUCGACGGGAUGUUCUUGCUUGCGCAGUUGUCCCUGGCUUCCCUCGAAGGAAAGAGGUCACCAAAGGCUUUGGUGCGCAUGCUCGCAAAUCUUGCUAGAGGCGCAGAUGCUUACGAUGUUGCGUACAAGAACGCUCUAGAGCGAAUUUGCGGCCAGGGAAGAGACCGAGAAGAACUCGCCUUGCAAGUCCUGAUGUGGAUAUCUUGUGCAAAAAGACCACUGACGACCACAGAGCUCAGACAUGCACUGGCGGUUGAAGUAGGCGAGCCUGAAUUUUCGGAAGACAACAUUCCCGAUCUUGAAGACACGGUGUCUGCAUGUUGUGGAUUGGUUGUUGUCGACCGAGAAACCGACAUCAUCCGACUAGUUCACUAUACCACACAGGCGUUUUUCGACAGGGAAGGAAGCCGAUGGUUUCCGAACGCAUCGCGUGAGCUUGGAAAAACGUGUGUCACUUACCUCUCAUACAAUUACUUCAACACUGGGGCCUGCUCAACCAACGAGGAUCUGGGACACCGACUGGCUCAAUUUCCCUUAUAUGAUUACUCUAGUAAACACUGGGGAACUCACAUACAUGAUUACGCCGACGAUGACUUUUUUCUGCAAUUUAUGAGGGAAAAGACGCAUCUGCAAGCGGCUGCCCAGGCGUUGAAAUCCAACGAGUGGUCCAUGAGUCGAAACCCCAAGGAUGCGCCGCGAUCCACAACAGAGCUCCAUUUGGCCGCGUACUUCGGUUUACGUAAUAUGAUAGAGGAUACAGUCAGCGGGGAUAUUCUUGAGUGCGAGGAUAGCGAUUACUGCACACCUUUGAUAUACGCUGCUCGAUACGGUUAUAUCGAGAUCGUGCAAGUUCUCCUUGACAGGGGCGCGAACUUGAAUUCUAAGAACUUGUGGGGGAGUACAGCGCUGUCCGAGGCAGUUGGAAAGAGGAACGAGCCUGUCGUGAAGAUACUCCUCGAAGAGGGUGCGGAUGUCAAUAUCCAAGAUGUGCUUGGUGAGACACCAUUAUCAAAGACAGCAGGCAGCGGAGACGAAUCCAUGGUGCAGCUUUUGCUGAGCACAAAAGCGAAUGUGAUCUACCCGAAAAAUGGCUAUGUGGCUGUUGCUUCAGCAAUAAAAAAUGGGUAUGACUCCAUAGUACGGCUGCUUCUUGAAGGCUUGGGGGAAAAUUACACAGCCAUGGAUUAUGGGGAUCUGCUAGUCCAUGCUUCCGAGUUGGGAAGCCAGUCUUGGGUUGAGGCCUUUCUGGCCAAUGGUGCAGAUGUUGACACAAAGGACAAAUACGGCCGGAGGCCACUACAUUUGGCCGCUAAACGCGGGUUUGAGGCAAUAGUGCGAAUCCUUCUGGACAACGGUGCUCAGGUGAAUACGAAGGACGAUCGCGGCAUGGCACCAUUACAUACUGCGGUUCGAGAUGGCAAGGAGUCCGUACUUCUCUUGCUACUGACAAACGGCGCCGACGUUGAUGCCCAGGAUAAUCACGAAGAAACACCAUUGUUGAGCGCAGUUGAGCAUGGUCAUGAGGCCACCGUGAGGAUCUUGCUCGAAAACAAAGCUACAGCAGAUAUGCGGGACAAAGAUGGCCGUACACCACUGACGCAGGCUAGCAAAAGUGGCAACAAAGCCAUUGUGCAAAUGCUGAUUGAUCAUGGCGCUGACAUAGACAUUAUGGAUAAUUACGGCUGGACACCAUUAUCACGUGCUAUAAGCUCCAGGCAUGAAUCCAUUGUUCAAAUCCUCCUUGACAAGGGGGCAACAGCUGAGGCCCGGGGAAGAGACAAGCAGCGGCUGGCAGAGGCUCUAAGUGAGCGACAAGCAGAGUUUCGGAUGCAACAAGAGGCAAUCGAUCAAGGUUAUGACGACGAUGGGUACGAUAUGUGUCUUGAAGACUAUGAGUAUAGCCAGGCGCCCCUGGCUUGGGCGGUCGAGGAGGGCUUUGAAAGCAUUGUCCAGGCUCUCCUGGACAGAAACGCCGACGUUGAGGCUAUGAACAAAUACUCUCAUUCACCGCUAGUCCAAGCGACGAUGCAACAUCGCGGAGACAUCGUGAAGAUGCUUCUCGAAAGGGGGGCUGAUGUCAAUGCCGAGGAUGAAUACGGCCACACAACGCUGUACAAUGCAGUCAGUGCAAAUGACGAGGCCAUAGUCCGAAUGCUUCUCAUGAGCAAUGCAGACGUCAAUGCCAAGGUCUGGGAUGGCAGCUCGCCGCUGUUUGAAGCCUCCGAAAAUGGAUACCAUGGCAUCGUGGAACUCCUCCUUGGCCAUGGGGCUGAAGUCAAUGCGAAAGAUGAUUAUGACUCGACGCCGCUCUCUCUCGCAGUUGAAAAUGGCCAUGAAGCUGCAGUACGGCUGCUUCUGUCAUCAAAUGCUGAUGCUAAGGCUAUCAACAAGCAUGGACGAAGUCAUCUAUCCCAGGCCAUUGGAGGUGGCCACAUGAAUAUUGCACAAAUGCUUCUCCAAAGCGGUGCUGAAGCAAAUGCUUUGGAUGAAAAUGACGUGACACCGUUGUUCUACGCCAUCACGAGCGGAAGCGAGGCCGCAGUGCGGCUUCUUCUUGAAAACGGCGUCGAAGUUGACUUCUUGCUUCCCAACAAGCUGUCAUCGCCCUUAGUUUACGCAGCAUGGGCGGGAAAGGAGACCAUUGCGCAGCUGCUUCUUGAAAGGGGCGCAAAAGUGGACCUUGCAAAUAAGCUGGGGGAAACCCCUCUGAUUAGAGCGGCUCGUCGAGGACACACAGCUGUCGUGCACUUGUUACUCGACAUGGGGGCCAAUCUUGAAUUGAAAGACUACUUAGGACGGUCAGCCCUGUUUCACGCAACUAUGGGAGGCCAGCGUGAGGCUGUCGCUCUCCUAACCGCAGGUUCCAAUACCUACGCCAACCAUCGCGACCAUUAUGGUACUUCGGUCGUGUCGGUCGCUGCACGUUUUGGUCAUGAAGAUAUCCUUAGAGACCUGGUUAGUCUGGGGGAUGCCGAUCUUGUGUCAAGCGACUGCUUUGGGCGUGACGCUUUUUGUGCCAGCCAAGAGCGAAAGCUGCAGAACUGA